CUGGAAAUAUAAAUUUAUGAGCCAUGACAUAGAUAGUAUUCAAAGAUACACGACUACAGGAGUUCAGAAAAGGGGUGAAUGCACAGACGAAAUGUUACAAUGAGAUUAUUCAGUAGUGUGUUCAGCAAAAAUGCCAACUUUUGAGAUUAGGCCCCCCCAAAUCAUCAAGAACUGGUGGCAUAGCAAACUCCUUCCAAGUCAAGCAGUGUCAGACACAAAGGCGCUAGGGCUGCGGUUAGUCAACCAUGGCGCAGCCUAUCACGCUGCUUUGCUGAAGCAAAGAGAGGCGCAGCUGCAGAGCAGAAAUGCGGGAAGCGAUGCAGAGGUCCCGAGCCGGCUGAGCACUGGAGGGGAGGGCAGGUCGUUGUCCGCACGUCCACAGCAGCCGGGCUGCAUCCCGCGGCACGCCGGCCCACCCCGCACAAGAGUCGCCCCUUCUUUUGCAGGUGACGAGGCCGUGGCCCGACCCUAAGCUCAAGGACACCGAGCCCAUAACAUGCAGACGGGAGAGUCUGGUCCAGCGAGUGCAGGCUGCGCAAUCCUGACGGAAGCCGGCUAAACGGUGUUUGUCUGCUCGAGGACCAAGCUGGGAGUCACUUAGAAGGUGGAAGGACAAAAGGAUGGAAGCUCAAGGGCAAAACGCGGGGCAGUCUCCACGCGGAGCUGCGCAAAAUGCUUUCCCGUGACCCGCCUCAACCCCAGCCUGAGGGGGAGGAGCGCGGGUAGCCGCCGACCCGUCCCGCACCAUCUGGUCCCAGGGCUCGGGGCGGCUCCUGCCCAGCAGGAACUCGGCUCUUGACACCGGAAAGGCGGAGACAGCCGCAGACGGCCGCCGGGACCCUCCUCAAGCCGCGUCCACUAGUCCCGCGCACUAGGGGCGGGACUCUCGGGCGCCAGGAACCAAUCGAGACAGGCGUCGUCACAUGACCCGUCAUGACCAAUGGGGGCUCUCGGCGAGAGCGGCGGGGAAAUUCAAACGUGUGUAGGGAGAGGCACUCCGGGUCCAUUUUCGUUUUUUUUUGACUCGGCUACAGAGUCCAGUUGCAAUUUAGAAAUGGAGGCUGAAGAUUUAAGUGGCAGAGAAUUGACAAUUGAUUCCAUAAUGAACAAAGUGAGAGAUAUUAAAAAUAAAUUUAAAAAUGAAGAUCUCACUGAUGAGCUAAGCUUGAAUAAAGUCUCUGCUGAUACUACAGAUAACUCAGGAACUGUUAAUCAAAUUAUGAUGGCGAACAACCCAGAGGACUGGUUGAAUUUCUUACUCAAACUAGAGAAAAACAGUGUCCCCCUAAAUGACGCUUUUUUAAAUAAAUUAAUUGGUCGUUACAGUCAAGCAAUUGAAGCACUUCCUCCAGAUAAAUAUGGCCAAAAUGAGAGUUUUGCUCAAAUUCAAGUGAGAUUUGCUGAAUUAAAAGCAAUCCAAGAGCCGGAUGAUGCACGUGAUUACUUUCAGAUGGCCAGAGCAAACUGCAAGAAAUUCGCUUUUGUGCAUGUAUCUUUUGCACAAUUUGAACUGUCUCAGGGUAAUUUCAAAAAAAGUAAACAACUUCUCCAUAAAGCUGUGGAUAGUGGAGCAGUACCACUAGAAAUGCUGGAAAUUGCCCUGCAUAAUUUAAAACUCCAAAAAAAGCAGCUGAUUUCAGAGGAGGAAAAGAAGAGUUUCUCGGCAUCUACAGCAUUAGCUGCCCAAGAAUCAUUCUCCAGUUCACUUGGACAUUUACAGAAUAGAAGCAUCGGUUGUGAUUCCAGAGGGCCAGCCACUAAAGCCAGGUUUUUAUAUGGGGAGAAUAUGCCUCCACAAGAUGCAGAAGUAGUUCAUCAAAAUCCCUUGAAACAAGCAAACAAAACUAAACGGUCCUGCCCAUUUGGAAGAGUCCCAGUUAACCUUCUAAAUAGUCCAGAUUAUCAAGUGAAGACAGAUGGGUCAGUUAUGCCAAGUUUUACAAAAAGGCAGAUCUCUGGAUCAGAAUGUCGAGAUUUGAUUAUCCCUGCAUCUAAACCAAGUGGAAAUAAUUCCUGUGAAUUGAGAAAUUUAAAGUCUGUUCAGAAUAUCCGUUCUAAGGAAUCUCUGGUAUCAGAUGAAAAAAGUUUUGAACUUAAUACUGAUUCAGUAACUCUGAAGAAUAAAACUGAAUCAAGUCUUCUAACUAAAUUAGAAGAAACUAAGGAGCAUCAAGAACCAAAGGUUCCAGAAAGCAUGCAGAAACAGUGGCAACCUAAGAGAAGGUCAGAGUGUGUGAACCAGAGCCCUGCUGUACUUUCACAUCAGCGACAUAUUCCAGACAUAACCCCAAAGGCUGAUACAGAGCAGAAACACACCACUGCUGAGCAACCUACCAUUUCAGUUUCAAAGCAGUCGCCACCCUUAUCAGUGCCUAAAUGGAUUGAUCCAAAAUCUGUUUGUCAGACACCAAGUAGCAAUACCCUGGAUGAUUACAUGAGAUGUUUUAGAACUCCAGUUGUCAAGAAUGAGUUUCCCCCAGUGUGUCCGCCCUCAGCCCUGCACAGCCGAUUUGCCUGCUUCCAGCAGCAGCAGCAGCAGCAGCAGCAGCAGCAGCAAGAUCCUGUUACUCCUCUGCAGAACCUACAGAUUGCAGGAUCCUCAAGUGAAUGCAUUUCAGUUAAAGGAAGAAUUUAUUCCAUAUUAAAGCAGAUAGGCAGUGGAGGUUCAAGUAAGGUAUUUCAGGUCUUGAAUGAAAAGAAACAGAUAUAUGCUAUAAAAUAUGUGAACUUAGAAGAAGCAGAUAACCAAACAAUUGAAAGUUAUCGGAAUGAAAUAGCUUACUUGAAUAAACUACAGCAACACAGUGAUAAGAUCAUCCGCCUUUAUGAUUAUGAAAUCACAGAUCAGUAUAUCUACAUGGUAAUGGAAUGUGGAAAUAUUGAUCUUAAUAGUUGGCUUAAGAAGAAAAAGUCCAUCAAUCCAUGGGAACGCAAAAGUUACUGGAAAAAUAUGUUGGAGGCGGUACACACAAUCCAUCAACAUGGCAUUGUUCAUAGUGAUCUGAAGCCUGCUAACUUCCUAAUAGUUGAUGGAAUGCUAAAGCUAAUUGAUUUUGGCAUUGCAAACCAAAUGCAGCCUGAUACAACAAGCAUCAUUAAAGAUUCUCAGGUUGGCACAGUUAAUUACAUGCCACCGGAAGCAAUCAAAGAUAUGUCUUCCUCAAGAGAAAAUGGGAAAUCCAAGUCCAAGAUUAGCCCCAAGAGUGAUGUUUGGUCCUUAGGAUGCAUUUUGUACUAUAUGACUUAUGGAAAAACACCAUUUCAACAUAUAAUUAAUCAGAUUUCUAAGUUACAUGCUAUAAUUGACCCUAAUCAUGAAGUUGAAUUUCCUGAUAUUCCAGAGAAAGAUCUUCAAGAUGUAUUAAAGUGUUGUUUAAUAAGAGACCCUAAACAGAGGAUAUCUAUUUCUGAGCUCCUGGCACAUCCGUAUGUUCAAAUUCAAACUUAUCCAGGUAACCAAAUGGCUAAGGGAACCACUGAUGAAAUGAAACAUGUUUUGGGCCAGCUGGUCGGUCUGAAUUCUCCUAACUCCAUUUUAAAAGUUGCUAAAACUUUAUAUGCACGCUAUAGUAGUGAUGAAAGUAAUGAUUCUUCAUCAUCCAAGACUUUUGAGAAAAAAUGGGAAAAAAAAUGACACACAGGUACUCAUAAACUGUCAAAUAACACUAUAAAUAUCUAUGGACUGUUUUACUCUUGAAUCUAUGUGGAAGUCUACUCAUGAAAACAACUUCAUUCAGAAAUGUUAUCAGCAAAAAUAUGCAAUAAUUAUCCUCAAAAGAAAACUGUAAAAAUAACCACGAAUGGCACUGUAUGUAUUAAAUUGUAGAAUUAUUUUCUGUUUAUACUUUACUGUAAAGCUAAUCUAUUCAAUUGCAUUCACAUUUGGAAGAGUGGGUGGGCAACUGAAAUAUAUUUUGAAGAACUAUGUAAAUAAAGGUUUAUAGCAUAAAGUUACACCAAAA